UGACAGCACACAUUCGUUUCAAAAAUUUAACCGCCACAGUUCUGGUCGUUCUAUUGUGUCAAUAUUGCCUGGUUAAAAUCUGUUAUUAGCAGGAUGAGUUUUAACUUCACUUCAGAACCGGAUUCUAAAUAUUCCAAAUUUAGUAAAAUGGAAGCUCCAAAGCCUAUCGGAAUCGAAAUCGUGUACAAAAAAGGCGCUAACAAAAAGACCGCCAAUCCGGAGCUGGAGAGGCAGAUUCAAGCGAUUUUGGCCGAUAGCAAAGCCCUGCCCAAGGACUACUUGUUCGCGGUGACCGAUCCGAACGUCGAGCGGGUGACGCUGUGCGAUGAGCUGCUGGAACAUGCGCCUCGGUCGAAUUUGAAGAUUUACUCGUACACGUUGCAUGACGGGGAGGGGGAGCAGGAAACGAUCGAGCAGGGCGGAGAUGAGGUCCAGAUUGCCAACCAUUGGCUGCUUCCGGCGCGGGAGUUUCACGGGCUGUGGGAUAGCUUGAUUUACGAGGAUUCGCUGAAGGAGAAUCUGUUGAAUUUCAUGCACACAACGGCGCUCUUCUCGCAGAAGAACGUGAACGCGAAUCUGAUUGCAUGCAACAGGUUGGUGCUACUUCAUGGACCACCGGGAACGGGGAAAACCAGCUUGUGCCAGGCGUUGGCUCAAAAACUGGCCAUCAGGAUGAACAAAAGCAUUUACAUGCACUUUCACCUGUUCGAGAUCAACAGCCACAGCCUGUUUUCGAAGUGGUUCUCCGAGAGUGGCAAACUGGUGCAGAAGGUGUUUGGCCAGAUCAACGAGCUGUGCCAGGAUCCGACCUCGAUGGUUUGUGUCCUGGUGGACGAGGUGGAAUCGAUCGCGUUCGCACGGGAAGCCAUUUCCAACAACGAACCGAGCGACAGCAUCCGCGUGGUCAACGCCGUUCUAACCCAGCUGGACCGAAUCCGUCGCUUUCCGAACGUCAUGGUGCUGGCCACGUCCAAUCUCACCGGCAGCAUCGACCUGGCGUUCCUGGACCGUGCCGACAUCGUCCAGUACGUCGGCCCACCCACCAAGGAAGCCAUCUACGAAAUCUACCGAUCGGCAAUCGCCAACCUGCAGCAGGUGGGCAUCGUAACGGACCGGGAAGAGCUUCCAUCGCGAGCCGAACUUGCCACCGCCACGUCGAAGGGAACCGCAACCACCAUGCUGGAAGCGCUGGCCGAGCAGAGCGUCGGGUUGAGCGGACGCAGCUUGCGAAAGGUUCCGUUUUUGGCGCACGCACUUCACGUUCAGCAGGACGUUACGACGCUGGUUAAAUUUUUGACCGCGAUGCGGAAUGCGGUACGACGCAUGCAGGCGGACAAAGCGAUGCUCGGAGCAAAGCCGGACCAGGUGGAAGGGGCGGCGACGAGCGAUCUCAGCGGAAGCAAUGGCAGCAGUGCUGCUGCGGAUGAACGGUCCGUGUCGAUGUGAUGUGUUAAGAUUGAAAGGAACAGCUAUUGGGAUUGUAUUGUUUGAGUUAGGUUUUGAAUUGUAUAAAUUUGUAUGCAUUUGUUUUUUUUUGGUUUGGAAACCCAAGUGUUUAUAAGUUAUUGAGUAUUCCUUACAUGUAACUGAAAGUUUGUUACAGUUGUGUUAAUAAAAGAAAUAAUAAAGG